UCUCUGUCUCCCUUCUGUUCUCUCUCCCUCUGGGAGAGGGAACAGACAAUACCUUCCCCAGCCUCUUAGGGCUUGUUUACAUUACGAGAGAGAGUAUAAAAACACUAGAUAAGAGUAUAUAGUAUGUUAACAUUAGGGCCUGCAGGACACCUAAGAAGGUGCUAAUGCCUGGAACAUGAAAACAGGUCGGGCCUGCAGUGUGACUUGUUGGUAAGUCAGCCCUGAUAGGCUUGUACAUUAGCUGCGUAUCUAGACCUGUUGCAGUACCCAUACUGUUGUUGGUUCUCUAUUAUUUGAUAUAUUGAAUCAAUGGAUAUCUGAGACAUUUUGUCUGUUAAGAAAAUGUCCUACAGCUUAUCAGGUGAAAGCUACAGCUCAAGUAAAGCAAUAGAAAAAUAAACGUUAUGUUAGCAGGUAAAACGUGGAACGAUGAUUUGUUUUCAUGUCGGGGGUUCUGAGGUAAUCUUUUAAUUUCUGGUUUUAUUUUCUGUAACCACAAGGGGGAGACCUUUCCCCAUCUGGAGGGGUGUGUGCAUUUUGCCCAGUUCUGCUGCAGAACCUUCCUGAAAUGGAAACAGAAGAAACCCAGUGGUGAGAAACCCAGCUGAACAAAUAGGAAAAGGAGAAAAACAUUCUGUUGGUUUCGGGAAAUGGUUUCCCAAAGAAACACAUCCCUGGUGUCCCCACUGUUGAGGCAUACUGAGUCUGGCAAAAAAACUGGCUGGCAAAACUGGGGACUUUUGGUGAAUUGCGACGACCCAUUUACAAUGCCUAAAUCAAUGUUUCAUUCGUUAUCAUGAUAUUACCAGGACCUUAUUCAAGUGGACGUGAUACCAUUUCUGUUGCCUGGCUCUGACUGAUCAAUGGACCCCACGGAAGGGCAAUGUACUGUGUUCUUCGGGUGACGUGUUACCUGCAGAGGAGCCAUCCUUUUUUGUGCGUCUGCCCAGGGAGCGACAGUAAUGGUGAGAGAGCAGGGGAGAGUUAGAGCAUAUGACCUGCAGCUGGCUCAGUUGUUACAGUACUCACCACCCACUAGCCAUUACCACUUUACCUGACUGGACUGCCAACACAGAGUGAUUUCCUACACCACCAGGGGGCCAGCCCAUCUGUGUAUUAACAUGCCUGUUAUAGCCUGGAGCUGAGAAGGAACAGUGAAACAUGGAGGAGGGCGCCAGUGUCUUCAUCACCAUACAAAGGGUCUAUUACCCUUUGCUUUGCAUUGUGGGAAUUCCGGGCAACCUCUUCACGUUCUACAUGAUCUGCUUCCGGAAGUGUGGGAUGUCUGACACAGCCGUCAUCUAUCUGAGCUGCCUGGCCAUCGUGGACACCUUCUACUUGGUCUGGGUGAUCCUGCUGGAUCUGACGCUCACCUUCUGGCAGCUGCAACCCUUCUGGCACUCGUUCCCAGCCUGCGGCAUUAUGGCCUUUCUGCAGUACGGCUCCCUGUACAGCUCCUCCUGGAUCGUGGUGGUUUUCACCAUCGAACGUUACCUGGUGCUGAGCAGCACAUCCGCCAAGCAGCACUUCUCCCGGGCCAAGGUUACCAGGCUGACCUGCGUGACUGUCGUCCUGGUCUCCCACCUGGUCUCCGUUCCCAUGGGCUGGAUUAAUGUGGUGACGCCAAAGAAUUUCACCGUGGAGGGGCAGAACGUGACCCUGACCCGCUGCCACUACAGGGACCACGCGUACUCUACGGUCCUGGUCUGGGUGACGACGUUCCUCUCCGGGGGCAUCCCGAUCGUCUUAGUCAUCAUCUUCAACUCGCUGAUCGCCCACAGCCUGACCCGCGCCAGUCAGUUGUUCACCAAGGAGGAGCGGAGGGUCAUUCGGGGGGGUAGCACCAAGAGCCUGGUACGGAGGACCAUCUUCCUGCUGGGCACGGUGUCCGUGACGUUUGUCGUUCUCAGCAUUCCGCGCUUCGUCACCUACUGCAUCCUGCGCACUAAGUACAACCGGGAACGCUUUGACCGGAACGACUACCGCCUGGCCAUCAAUGUGAUUAGUGAUUUGGCCAACAUGCUGCAGAACCUCAACUCCACCACCAACUUCCUGCUUUACUGCAUGGUGAGCCGGCGCUUCCGUCAAGAGGUGCUCCACACGCUCACCUGCAAGACCAAGAUCCGAGAGCUGGGCUCUGUCUUAACCCAGACCACCAUGAAGGUCUUUUCUGUAGUGGACCAUGAAACGCUGAGAUCCCGAGACCCGGUCAGUGUAGUCCUCACCAAGCUCAAAGAGACCCAGUAGAGAAGACCCGGUCACUGUAGUCCUCACCAAGCUCAAAGAGACCCAGUAGAGAAGACCCGGUCACUGUAGUCCUCACCAAGCUCAAAGAGACCCAGUAGAGAAGAUGGUUAUUAGGGACAUAUUUAGUGACAGAACAACUUUUUGAAUAUAAAUAUCAUUUCAAAUGCAUGUGUUCUUUACUGGUUUUCUUUUUUAUUAUCUGUGUACUUUUUUGUAUGUUUGUAGGAUCAUUUUGUGCUGUUAAAUAUAUGUUUGUAGAGCUUGAUAGCCUACACUGAAUAUUCAAAACAAGUUCCAUAAAGCAAGUGUCCUCACGUGUCUGUGUGGUUUACUGUGUCAACUCACUUGACAAGCCCCUU